AUGUCGCACCCUGCCGGUUCCAGGCCUUCCUGUCGCAUCCUGGAGGCGUCGCAGCGGGGGUCCGACAGCGGUCAUGUUGCGACUCUGCACGUCCUCCAUCACCGCUUAUCUCUCCGGCUCCCCCCGCCACGCUCCACCGCUGCUGCCGCUCCUACUCCUGCUUCCCACGCUUUGAGAGCUUCUGCUAACCUGUUUUUCUACUACCACAACAUAAACUGCUCGGUCACCAUUUCUCCGUCUCAAAUCCUCUUUGGUUUUGCUACUAAGAUCUACAUUGUUAUGUUAGUGUCAAUGUUAUACACAUUGUCUUGGCUUCUGGUUCGUUCCUGGCUUCAGCGUGUGACAACUGAUUUCGAUUUUUACAAAUUUCAGCUACUGCCACACUGUUUUAUCUACUGCCACACGGUUUCAUCUACUGCCACACUGUUUCAUCUACUGCCACACUGUUUUAUCUACUACCACACUGUUUCAUCUACUGCCACACUGUUGUAUGUACUGCCACACUGUUUCAUCUACUGUCACACUGUUUCACCUACUGUCACACUGUUUCACCUACUGCCACACUGUUUCAUCUACUGCCACACUGUUUCACCUACUGUCACACUGUUUCAUCUACUGCCACACUGUUUCAUCUACUGCCACACUGUUUCAUCUACUGUCACACUGUUUCUCCACUGUCACACUGUUUCAUCUACUGCCACACUGUUUCCAUCUACUGCCACACUGUUUCAUCUACUGCCACACUGUUUCAUCUACUGUCACACUGUUUCAUCUACUGCCACACUGUUCAUCUACUGCCACACUGUUUCAUCUACUGCCACACUGUUUCAUCUACUGCCACACUGUUUCAUCCACUGCCACACCGUUUCAUCUAUCACACUGUUUCAUCUACUGCCACACUGUUUCCUCCAUCUGUCACACUGUUUCAUCUACUGUCACACUGUUUCAUCUUACCACACACUUGUUUCAUCUACUGCCACACUGUUUCAUCUACUGCCACACUGUUUCAUCUACUGCCACACUGUUUCAUCUACUGUCACACUGUUUCUUACUCACGCCACACUGUUUCAUCUACUGCCACACUGUUUCAUCUACUGUCACACUGUUUCAUCUACUGCCACACUGUUUCAUCUACUGUCACACUGUUUCAUCUACUGCCACACUGUUUCAUCUACUGUCACACUGUUUCAUCUACUGCCACACUGUUUCAUCUACUGCCACACUGUUUCAUCUACUGUCACACUGUUUCAUCUACUGCCACACUGUUUUAUCUACUAUCACACUGUUUCAUCUACUGCCACACUGUUUCAUCUACUGUCACACUGUUUCAUCUACUGCCACACUGUUUCAUCUAUUGCCACACUGUUUCAUCUACUGUCACACUGUUUCAUCUACUGCCACACUGUUUCAUCUACUGUCACACUGUUUCAUCUACUGCCACACUGUUUCAUCUACUGUCACACUGUUUCAUCUACUGUCACACUGUUUCAUCUACUGCCACACUGUUUCACUCCACUGUCACACUGUUUCAUCUACUGCCACACUGUUUUAUCUACCAUCACACUGUUUCAUCUACUGCCACACUGUUUCAUCUACACCCACACUGUUUCAUCUACUGUCCUGUUUCAUCUCUGCCACACUGUUUUAUCUACUAUCACACUGUUUCAUCUACACCACACUGUUUCAUCUGCCACACUGUUUCAUCUACUGUCACCUGUUUCAUCUACUGCCACACUGUUUUAUCUACUAUCACUGUUUCAUCUACUGUCCCACUGUUUCAUCUACUGCCACACUGUUUCAUCUACUGUCACACUGUUUCAUCUCUGCCACUGUUUCAUCUACCUGCACUGUUUCAUCUACUGUCACACUGUUUCAUCUGCCACACUGUUUAUCUACUAUCACACUGUUUCUUCUGUCUUUUCUUCCUCCUGUCACACUGUUUCAUCUACUGCCACCGUUUCAUCCUGUUGUAUCUACUGCCACACUGUUUCAUCUCUGUUUUAUCUACUGUCACAGUUUCAUCUACUGCCACAUUGUUUCAUCUACUGUUACACUGUUUCAUCUACUGCCACUGUUGUAUCUACUGCCCUGUUGUAUCUACUGCCACACUGUUUCAUCUCUGCCACACUGUUUCAUCUAUUGCCACCUGUUUCCUCUACUGUCACACUGUUUCAUCUACUGUCACACUGUUUCAUCUCUGCCACUGUUGUAUCUACUGCACACUGUUUCCUCUACUGUCACACUGUUUCCUCUCUGUCACACUCUUUCCUCUCUGUCUCACUGUUUAUCUACUUCCCACUGUUUCAUCUAUGCACUGUUUCUCUACUUCACACUGUUUCAUCUACUGCCCUGUUUCUCCUCAACUUUCAUCUACUGCCACACUGUUUUAUCUACUGCCACAUGUUUCAUCUACUGUCACUGUUUCAUCUACUGCCCACUCUUGUUUCAUCUACUGCCACACUGUUUCAUCUACUGCCACACUGUUUCAUCUACUGUCACACUGUUUCAUCUACUGUCACACUGUUUCAUCUACUGCCCACACUGUUUAUCUACUGCCACUGUUUCAUCUACUGUCACACUGUUUCUAUCUACUGUCACACUGUUUCAUCUACUGCCACAAUGUUUCAUCUACUGUCAUACUUUUUCCUCCUGCCACACUGUUUCAUCUCUGUUUAUCACUGCCACCUGUUUCCUCCACUGUCACACUGUUUCAUCUACUUCUUAUCACACUGUUUCAUCUACUGCCACACUGUUUUAUCUACUGCCACACUGUUUCAUCUACUGCCACACUGUUUCAUUUACUGUCACACUGUUUCAUCUACUGCCUGUUUCAUCACCCCUGUUUACUGCUCCACCUUUCAUCCACUAGCACACCGUUUCAUCUACUGCCACACCGUUUCAUCCACUGCUACAUUUCUCUACUGCCACACCGUUUCAUCUACUGCCUUUUCAUCUCACACUGUUUCAUCUACUAUACACACUGUUUCAUCUACUAUCCUGUUUCUCUACUGCCACUGUUUAUCUACUACCACACUGUUUCAUCUACUGUCCUGUUUCAUCUUCUGUCACUGUUUCCUACACUGUCCUGUUUCAUCUACUGCCACUGUUUCAUCUACUGUCACACUGUUUCAUCUGCCUGUUUCAUCUACUGUUUCAUCUACUGUCACACACUAUUUCAUCUACUGCCACACUGUUGUAUCUACUGCCACAUUGUUUCAUCUACUGUCACACUGUUUCAUCUACUGCCACACUGUUGUAUCUACUGCCACACUGUUUCAUCUACUGUCGUACUGUUUUAUCUACUGUCACACUGUUUCUCUACUGUCACACUGUUUCAUCUACUGCCACACUGUUUCAUCUACUGUCACACUGUUUCUCCACUGCCACACUGUUUCAUCUACUGCCACAUUUCCUUACUGUCACAUUGCUCUACUGUCACACUGUUUCAUCUUCUGCCACACUGUUUCAUCUACUGUCACACUGUUUCUCCACUGUCGCACUGUUUUAUCUACUGUCACACUGUUUCUACUGUCACACUGUUUCAUCUACUGUCACACUGUUUCAUCUACUGCCACACUGUUUUAUCUACUGUCACACUGUUUCCUCUACUGUCACACUGUUUCUCCACUGUCACACUGUUUCCUCCACUGUCACACUGUUUACCCACGCCACUGUUUCAUCUACUGCCACACUGUUUCAUCUACUGUCACACUGUUUCCUCCACUGUCACACUGUUUCAUCUACUGCCACACUGUUUCAUCUACUGUCACACUGUUUCAUUUACUGCCACACUGUUUCAUCUACUGCCACACUGUUUCAUCUUCUGCCACACUGUUUCAUCUACUGCCACACUGUUUCAUCUACUGCCACACUGUUUCAUCUACUGCCACACUGUUUCAUCUACUAACCAACUAA